AUGGUAAAUUCAACAAGUAGCAGUAACUCUGAAAUCGACGAUCCCAUGUCGCCGGCUGACUCGCCAUUACCAUUAAUUGUGAAAACCACCAUGAAUAAUGAUAAGAAUAACAAUAUCGUUAUUGCGAAAGGAGGGACAGGUCUUGGAGGCACUCUGCUCUGUAAAUGGGAAGAUUGUAUCGCUUCUUUCACAAACUUAAUUGACCUGGUGUCUCAUUUACACGAAGAACACGUAGGAAGAAAAAAAGCUGCGUAUACCUGCGAGUGGGCAGGGUGUCCUCGAAAAAGUAAAACGCAAACUUCGCGAUUUGCGCUUAUUACACAUUUACGGAGUCAUACUGGUGAAAAACCUUUUACUUGUGAGGUUAAAGGUUGUGGAAAGAAAUUUACACGACCGGAUUCUUUGACAAAGCAUAUGAAAAGUCAACACGAAGAUACGUCAGACAGUAAAAAAAAGCAUAACAUGGAUGAAAUAAUAAAACACACCUCGUACAAAAAACGACGAGUUGACGAUGGUGAUAAUGAUAAUGAUAGCAAUUUGUCAUCGGCGACAACGACAACCACAGCCACAACAACGAAUGAAGGUAGUACAGCGAAUGUCUCAUCCUCCAAUCAUCACGGUCAGGACCAACAAAAAUCCUAUCACGAAAAAUAUUUGAUUCUCAAGGCGAAACAUCGUUACAUUCGUAGAGAGAAUGAGUUAUUGAUUGACGAAUAUCAGGCUAUUAAAAAGAAAUUGAAACGUCUUCGCACGGAAAAAGACAUUUUACUUGAUGCUGUAAUGACACAAAUUGGUGAUGGAUAA